UAAUUCAUUUUUUCCCCAAUUAUACAUCCAAAAAAUCAACCGUUCUUUCUUUAGCAUCUCUUGCCUGCAACGCCUUUUCUUCAUCUCUUCACCCCCUAAAAUCUAAACCUCUAAUAUCAUCAGAUCCGUAUCGCGAAACCCUAACCCUAAUCGAUCUAUGUCCAUCCGAUUCAAGUUCCGGAGCUCGGUGGCCUUUGACUCCGUCGACCUCGACGGCCGCCGCUCGAUUUCCCUUGGUGAGCUCCGGGCUAAGAUUAUUGCCCAGAAAAAGCUACAGCUCUGCAAAGACUUCGAUCUCCUCAUCUCUGAUGCGGAGUCCGGCGCAGCUUUUGAGAAUGAGGGCAUUCAGAUAAAGGAGGGAUCUAGUGUUGUGAUUAAGAGAGUGCCAGCUGGGUUGUCUUCUCUCUGUGAUUUGAAUGUUGGAAAUGUCUCUAAAAAAGAUGCAAAAGAUGCCGGAUAUGUUGGAAAUGUCACCAAAAAAGAUCUAAAAGAUGCCGGCUAUGUAGAGAGAGUUGCAACAAUGCGUGCCGAGAAUGCUGAUAAAGAGAACUUUGACGACUUUGGUGUGGAUUUAUUUCCCAUUCUUCAGGGAUCUUUACCUGAGUCUGAUGCUGCCUUCGGUUAUAUGGAUAUCACUGCCAAUAAGAAAGACAAGAUUGCUACCGGAUUCUCCGAUACACCUGUUGCAAGAUUUCAAAAUGUUGAGAGAAGUGAUCUCAGUGAGGAAGGUAUCGGGGAUAAUUGUUGUAAAGAACCUGCUACUGUAGAAAUUCAAAAGCAAAUUAUGAAGGAGAAAGAACCCCAGAAGUUCGACGAAUUUGCUGGUAUGGCUUCGCCGAUGAUGUUUGAUAUGGAUUUGCCAACGGAAUUGAGGUGUUCCCUUUGUAAUGCAAUCUUUAAAGAUGCUGUUAUGAUCCCAUGCUGCCAGCAUAGUUUUUGUGAAAAGUGUAUCCGAAUGGCAUUACUUAGGGAUGGGAGGUGCCCAAAGUGUUCUUCCAUGAAAUGCACUGUUAAUACCUUGCUGCCAAACCUAUCCCUUCGGCAGGCGAUCGAGCAUUUCCUUGAGGCACAAGCAGUCAACAAUGCUUUAGAAAACAAAAUUCCUCGAGAUGUUCCAGAUGUAGAGUCAGGAAUUCAUGUGAGAGAAGUGUCUUGCGCUAUGUCUGUACGGAAAAAAGAAAAGGCAUACUCGCAUUCUCCUUCAGCAAACCCUUUGUCCCUUAAGAUGAAACAUAUGAAGGGGGAUGUAAGCAGCUCAGGCGCAGCUUCUAAUCAUAUGGCUGGCUUUCAUGGAGUUCAUAAUUCGUCAAAGCCGCUUCAGAAUUUUCCGCUAGAUGAAGUUAAUUUGGCUGGGCAGCGAACUAAUGGGCAUGGUGUCACAGUUAUAGAUGGAAGUGGUACAUUUAUGUCGUCAAAUAGGCACAGAAAGGGUGAUCGAAAUUGUUACAACUGUGGUUCCCCUGACCAUUUGAUUAGAGAUUGUCCAGCAGCUUCUAAUUCAUAUCCAUUUAACCAGACAGGAGAUCCUGCUUUUGGUGGAGGCAUGCCAAUGUAUGGCCAAGCUUAUUGGCAUGGGAAUACAUUCCCCCAAGGCAGACCUUAUGCAAAUGCGUAUAGUACCCAAGGGAUGAUGCCUUUUGAUCCAACAAUGGGCCCAAUUUCACCUUUCGGAAUUCCUCUGUAUAUGUCAUCAAUGUACACUGGCAUGGCAGGACCCUAUGGAUUCAUGAGAAUGGGCGGCGGGCAGGCGCCCAUGAUGUCUGGAGCUGAAAGACCGCUUACUCGUCAAGAAUUUCUGGAGCCUCAUGAUAGAAAACAGAAGGACAAGAGUUUGCAUGGUCAUCCAGGAAGAGAGCAAGACUCUGAUCGCAUGCCUGAAGAUUAUUAUUACAAGGGAUCUCAAAAAAGGAAGGAAGCUGCUGGGAGCUUCAUAGAUGAUGACAGCCCAAGGAUCUACAAGAAACAACAAGACAACCUACAUUAUGGGUCGUCUCAUCGACAAGCAGUUAUUCCAUCAGAUGACGAGCUUCCCUCUAUUGAACUUCGACAUGAAAGAGGUUCUCACCAAUCAAUUUCUGGGAGAGAUCGACGGGCUCGACACCCUGAGAAAUCAAAUUCUGACAGCUCCAACCGACACAGUAGAGAUCGCGGGCGACAUCAUCAUGGGAUCUCCCUUGAGAAGCAAAGUGAAAGAAGAGAGCAGCACAAAACUGACAAGGAUGUUGCUGGUCAUAAGAAGCACAGUCACAGGCAUCAUGAGCACUCAGUAUCUAGUGAACAGAGACGCCAUAAGGAGAAAGAGGCUAGUCACAAUUCCAGGCCCUCAAAACAAAUCCCAAGGUCUAAAGAUGAUCGCUCAGAUUAUGAAAGGUGGGAGAUCAUUGAAGGUGCGGAUGAUGAGUACAAAGGAGCAACCUAUCACAAACGCCAUAGAGCCCGGUAGAGCUUGAAAGUCUACUGUUUUGUGGAAAUAUACUGUUGGAGAUUUGUUAAAGACUGACGGAAAUUUGGCCUUAACCUUAUCUGAUUUCUUCCAUUCUAACAUUUCCAUGUAUUGGUUUUGAGGCAUGGAGGAAAUCAUAAGCAAUGUUUUACCGCUGCAAAACAUUGAUGUUUAUUGACAUCUUUGAGGGAUUUCUGAAGGUGGCUGAGGUAUGCUCUCGGUAACUAAAGUUUUUGAUAGUUAACUUGUAUUUAGUUGAGUUAACUUUGCAGGCCCAAUUGGUCGGUUGGAAGCCGAUAUGUUUUGGCCUUCUGACAAACUAAGCUUGAUGCAAGCUUGGUUCAGUUGAAUAAGACUGAAGUUA